AUGGAUCCCACAGAGUAUCUCAUCGACAAUGGCUGGCUGCCCGCCAGUGUCAUCCGACUGGGUAUCCGCCGACAACUAGCCGACCGAAUACAAACAAUCAAGUCCGAGUCUCUGUCCAAAGCCUGGGAGCGUAAGAUGGCAUACGUGGCCGCAUUACGCAGCCGGCCCAUCGCCAUCGAGACCGACAAGGCCAACACGCAGCACUACGAAGUAGGCACGUCGGUGCUCCAGGCGUGCCUUGGCCCAAGGAUGAAGUACUCCUCCUGUCUGUACCCAACGGGCGGCGAGACGCUGGCACAGGCGGAAAUCGCCAUGCUGGAGACGUACGUCGAGAAAGCGGGUCUGAAGGACGGCCAGGACAUCUUGGACCUCGGGUGUGGGUGGGGCAGUGCGAGCUUGUAUCUCGCAGAGCGGUUCUCGAAAUCCAACAUCACGGCCUUUUCCAACUCGAGGACGCAGCGGAUUUACAUCGAAGGCGAGGCGAAGCGGAAGGGCCUCACGAACCUGAAGGUCGUGACGGGCGAUGUGGUGACUCACGAGUUCGAGGCGAGUGUGUAUGACCGCGUCGUGAGCAUCGAGCUGUUCGAGCACAUGAAGAACUACGCCCUGCUGAUGCAGAAGCUCGGCCGUGCACUGCGACCGGGCGGAAAGCUGUUCGUGCACAUCUUCGCGCACAAGGACACGCCGUACGAUUUUGAGGGAGGCUGGAUGAGCACGCAUUUCUUCACGGGCGGGACGAUGCCGAGUGCUGAUCUGUUGCAUUUCUUCCAAGAUGACCUGACGCUGUCGAGGCAGUGGUGGGUGAAUGGGAAGCAUUAUGCGCGGACGUGCGAGGAUUGGUUGAGCAAGAUGAACGCGAGCAAAAGGGAGAUUUGGCCCGGUUUGGAGGAGACGUAUGGUAAAGAAAAGGCCGGGAUGUGGUUCUAUCGCUGGCAGGUCUUUUACAUGGCUUGUGCUGAGUUGUUUGCCUACGAGGGUGGGGAUACUUGGGGAGUGAGCCAUUACCUGUUCGAGAAGAAGAGUCCAGGCAAGCAGGGUGAAUAUUUGCAGCAUUGA